ACGUAGCCCGCCCUCCCACUUGCGGAAGUCCCGACCAUCCAUCAUCCGCGCGUCUGGUUUCUGAAAAUCGCACUCUGGACAACCUUGCCCGGCGCCCGCCACCGCUCUCCAACAUAUCUAUCACGUCUUGGGUAUCUAUCUAUCUUGUUAUAGUCACUACCUUCUCGCAAUACAACCAGCCUCGACAAGAGCUCGCCCACUCCAUCGCUCCCCAACCGAACUCGCCCUCGGCUUGCGCCGACCUCGUCGCCCGGAAAAUCCGUUGACCUAGCACCACCGAACCCCAGAAUCAUGCCCGCGAUCAGGCACGCGUCCAAGCGUAAGCCCCCACCGGAGGGCUUCAGCGACAUCGAGGAUGACCUCCUCAUCUUCAGCAACAAGAUGAAGGAUGCGCAGAACACGCCAACCGACAACGUUCCAAAGCACCAGGCGCAAUGGCCCAUCUUCCAAAUAUCUCACCAGAGGAGUCGCUACGUCUACGAGCUCUACUACGAGAAGGAGGCCAUCUCCAAGAAGCUGUACGAGUGGCUUCUCAAGAACAACUACGCCGACCCUAUGUUGAUAGCCAAGUGGAAGAAGCAAGGUUACGAGAAGCUUUGCUGCCUAAGAUGCGUGCAGACGAAGGAGACCAACUUCAGCUCCACCUGCAUCUGUCGUGUCCCGAAAGCGCAGAUGAAGGAAGAUAGGGAUAUCCAGUGCGUAAGCUGCGGCUGCCAUGGGUGUGCUUCCAGCGACUGAGGAACGUUCCUUUCUCGUCGGGGGUUCCGCAUGAAUGACGCACAAGAAAAACCAACUGGGAUCAGUUGGCUUGCCGUCGCCAUCCACGCAGUGGCUACUGCAUCAUCGACUCGCGAAUUGAAGUAGAUAAAGAAUGAUGCUCCUGAGGCAUCUGGAUUCUCCAUAUUGGCGUACGUGUCGUGGACCUUCAUGUUUUAUCCAAACUCACUAGCUAAUACCAGAGCCCUCAGAAGACUUUUUUCACCGUUUGCCA